CCAAUCAUCGUUUUCACAUUUAAUAUUUGCGUAUCAGCUCCACGCUUCAUAUAUUGGUUACUUUGCGAUCGCACGCAACUGCCGCACCCAGAACAAUGUCUGCCCCACUUGCUGAUCAGCUGGACAUUGUGAUCCCAACCAUCAGGAACCUGGACUUCCUUGAGGAAUGGCGUCCUUUCUUCCAGCCUUACCACUUGAUCAUCGUCCAGGAUGGUGAUCCAACCAAGAAGAUUCACGUCCCGGAGGGCUUUGAUUAUGAGCUCUACAACCGCAAUGACAUCGAACGCAUCCUUGGCGACAAGGCGUGGGCUAUUUCGUUCAAGGACUCUGCGUGCCGCUGCUUUGGGUUCAUGGUGUCGAAGAAGAAGUACAUCUACACCAUCGACGACGAUUGUUUCGUUGCAAAGGACCCCUCGGGCAAGCCUAUCAACGUCCUGGAACAGCACAUCGAGAACCUGCUGACGCCCUCGACGCCAUUCUUCUUCAACACGUUGUACGACCCCUACCGUGAAGGCGCCGACUUCGUGCGUGGCUAUCCCUUCAGCCUCAGGGAGGGCGUGCCUACGGCCACUUCCCACGGCCUAUGGCUGAACAUCCCUGACUACGAUGCCCCCACGCAGAUGGUGAAGCCGAAGGAGCGUAACCAACGCUUCGUGGAUGCCGUUAUGACAAUUCCCAAGGGCACGCUUUACCCCAUGUGCGGCAUGAACCUCGCUUUCGACAGGGAACUGAUUGGUGCAGCCAUGUACUUCGGUCUGAUGGGCGAGGGCCAACCCAUUGGCCGGUACGAUGACAUGUGGGCUGGCUGGUGCACAAAGGUUAUUUGCGACCAUCUUGGUAUUGGCUGCAAGACGGGCCUACCAUAUGUCUGGCACAGCAAGGCCAGCAACCCCUUCACGAAUCUCCGGAAGGAAUACAAGGGCAUCUUCUGGCAGGAGGAAAUUAUCCCAUUCUUCCAGAACGUGACGCUUAGCAAGACCUCCACGGGUGUGGAGGACCUGUAUCUGGAGCUGGCGGAUAAGGUUCGCAAGGGCCUUGGACACAUUGAUCCCUACUUCUCUAAGCUGGCGGACGGCAUGGUGGCAUGGAUCGAGGGCUGGCGCUUGCUCAACCCACCCAAGGCUGCCUAGAUUUGUGGGCAGGAGUGUCAGCUGGCUUAUUCUGUGGCGGCUUAUUCAUGUUCGCAGCCAUUUGCAGCAGUUGUGAUGCGGUGCCGGAGCGUUAAUAUACACGACCGCUUAGCGGGCUGCACAUCCCCACCGCGUGAUUACUGCCUAAUCGAUAGGUUAUUUUGCGAGUAACGCGGGUGAUGGUGUCGUGUUGGCCUAGUUGCAUCUGUGUAUGUCUAGCAAAGGACGUGACCUUGAAGCGCGUGACACGACUCACAUGUGUACGUUGACCCGCUCGUCUUAGCAUUGUCAUUAAAUCGUAGGCUACAGACACGAAGCUAGUUGGCUUUUGUGAGUUACGUGACGCGAAGUGUCUUUUCAUGAUAAUAGUGCGUACAACGAAAAUCUAAACACAUAUGAUCAUGGGUGUUCUCACGAAUAGACUGAGAUUAAUGUCUAAUAUUCUGAAACUGCCAUGCGUCCUAGAUUCUCUUGUAAGCACAAUUGUCAUGAAAAGAUAGUCUUGAGUCAUGUAACUCACAAAAGCCAACUAAUUUCGUGAAUUAGCCUACGAUUUAAUGACGAUGUUAAGCCGAGCAGGUCAAUGCACACAUGUGAAUCGUGUCACAUGCUUGAAGGUUACAUCCUUCGCUAGGCAUACACAGAUGUAACUAGGCCAACACGACACCAUAACGAGCAAGGACGUUUGGGCCCAGGAUACAGGGUAUAAGAGCAUUUCAAAAUAGUCCUUGCAGCAGCUUGCAAAUUUGCUGGCAGGGUUAGCUACACCCCGAUCAUUAGCAAUCACAAGGGUAGGGCCGCAAGGGUUGGGCCGCAUUUAUGAACAUCGUAAACGUUUGGGGCAUCGUACGCCAUGUGUUGGCAAACCCAAGCUGAUUUUGCAACAAGUAUGUUCAAACAGCACAGCAUCUGCAAAAUACGCUUCCACGUCGAAUGCUGCAGCACGUUUACGCAGCUGAUGUUGAAUUUUCUUCGCCUCAAGCCGCAAAGUUGCAACAUGACUCCACCAUACAUCUUCGCACGCUGAACGAAUUGGCCCUUCCCCGACGUGCUUCAGAAGUAGCCACCGGCCACACACAGAAGUGGCCACACCACACAACCACAGAAGCGGCCUUAGGACCCAGCCGCGCAUGAGUGCCGUCCGGUGGCAAGUUCACAGCGACAGUCUGGUUAUGGCCUUUUCACAGGUAUCCACUCAAGUGACCCCGGCAAGGCGCGUGCAAGGCAUAAAAGUUCGCCUUACCAGGGCUGGUGGGCUAAAUAUAGCGUGCAGACGUGAUUUGUGGAGCAUGGCGGGUAAACAUCAAAAACCACCAAACAAUAUCGUAUGAGUCACAUGUCACAGCCCGACAGCAAACUCAGUCUCAACUGACGGCAACGCUCUGUGCAAAGACGGGAGACAAGCAAACGAGCCAUGCACAGUGUCUAUACCCGGCAGUCCCCCGCUCACACGCUAUCGCCAUCCU